AUGUCAGCUUUGGUUAUCCAUGUAGCUCGGUUCUCGCCUCGUUCUCUACCACAGAGUAGGCUUCCUAUCCAUGCUCCCAAGGCGAAGCGUUGCUUCGCUGCUGCCGUAUCCAAGAGUUUGACAGAACAGGAUUUGCACGAUUUUGAGCAGAAUCAAGCCGACCUCCGCCAAUCGUUACGACAAGAUGCCGCAUUUCUGACCAAAGCGCUCUACCGAACGUGUCUGCGAUCGGUCCGUGUCAUUCGACCCGGCAACGACCAUGACGAACUGGAAUUUCAACGUCUCGAAGAAGACAUCAAAAGGGAUGAAAUGGAUGACCAAAAACGAGAAAUGGAAAUUAAGAGUGGUGUCUUUAGCAUGACUCCUCCCGUGGAUCGAGACGAUGAACUCCGCAGUCGGGGCGACUAUUAUCAUCAAUUCACAUGGGAACAAUUUCAUCAGGAAUCCGAUUGCUUGUUUGCACUCGAUGAAAGCAUGUACGGAGGAAGACGUUCCAAACUAUUGAAUCGAUUGGAUGGUCGCGAUGUGGACCGGUUUCUGUUCUUACUAGAAAAGGGAAAUCAAGACAGGCAGUGGCUCUUGCAAGACAUGCAAUUUUCAGAUCCUUACAGCAACAGCUUCCCUAAAGAACGAGCAGAGGAUUUCAAAGCAAAAGCAUAUGACUAUAUCCGAAAAAGUGACCUGCUACAGCGUUACCAGCAGGGGAUGCCUAUUAACUGGGAAGCACAAAAUCGGGUAGUUGAAACGGACUCUGAUGAUGAAGACGAGGAGGACGAUGACGACGAGGAAGAAGAGGAGCCAGCUUGGUUCAAGGAAAAAUUUCCUCACAUUGUAUCCAAGCACGACAACUAG